AUGUCGGGACCGAGGCCUGUGGUGCUAAGUGGCCCGUCCGGGGCGGGCAAGAGUACACUGAUGAAAAGGCUCAUGAAGGACCAUGAAGGAGUGUUUGGAUUCAGUGUGUCACACACAACAAGGAACCCUCGCCCUGGAGAGGAAAAUGGCAAAGAUUACCACUACACCACCCGAGAGGCCAUGCAGGAGGGCAUCGAACGUGGUGACUUUAUCGAGAAUGCCGAGUUCUCAGGCAACCUGUACGGGACAAGCAAAGCUGCCAUAGAAGACGUGCAGGCCAAAAACCUGAUCUGCAUUCUGGAUGUGGACAUUCAAGGAGUGCAGCGGAUUAAAGAGACGGACCUGAACCCCAUCUACAUCUCCAUCCAACCUCCGUCGAUGGAGAUUCUGGAAAAACGCCUGAGAGACCGACAGACCGAGUCAGAGGAUAGUUUACAGAAACGCCUGGAGGCAGCUCGCAUUGAUAUGGAGCUCAGUAAGGAGCCAGGAGUGUUUGACGUCGUCAUUAUCAACGAUGACCUAGAACGCGCUUAUGAGGAGCUGAAGGAGAUCCUUAAUGAUGAAAUCCAAAAAGUUCAGGAGACCAAAUCCUAG